AUGGCCAACCUGCCCGAUUCCCCGGCCGAUUUCCCUCAGGUAUGGCAGAAGCCUUCAUUCGAAGAACUACUGGCGUGUCUCAAAAGUCUACACGUAGAGCCGCCGAUAUGGAAACCCACAACUUCCCGGAAAAUUAUUCUGGAGAACCGCCAGGACUCUGCUCGGUUCCGUCGUGAAGUCACCACGUAUCUGUCAAGCGUAGUCAGUAGUAGCUUUGCAUGGAUAGAGGACGACGACCAAAAAGAGGUACUGUGGGAUGAGGCAAGCAAGCGACUCUCGGAGCGGUGUGGCAGAGUGGGGAUGGGUGAGAUCGUUCGAAGGUGGCCAUUUGAGAACCGACAGCCCGCUCAUUUCGAGCUGAUCAUUCGGGAACCACCUAUGACUGGUGACUCCAUCGGUCACAAAACGUGGGGAUCCUCCUAUCUCAUGGCGCAGCAGUUGGAUAAGGUCGCUUCUGGUCCUCUCGCUCAUCUGCUGGGUUCGCGCCGGCCCGACUCGUCUUUGGACGUUCUCGAACUCGGCUCGGGUACUGGGCUGUUGGGCCUGGCAGCUGCUGCUAUGUGGCAAGCCAAUGUUGUCCUCAGCGAUCUCCCGUCCAUCAUGGCGAACCUCGAGUUCAACAUCGAUGGGAAUCGGCAGACAAUUGAGGCUCUGGGCGGCACGCUCAGCUCGGGCCCCCUGACAUGGGGUUCUGAAGCUGGCAACGCAGAACGGUUUGCUAAGAAACAUCAGUUCAAGCUCGUUAUCGUUGCAGACCCCCUCUAUGAUGAUGAUCACCCCGAAUUGCUUUCCUCUGCAGUCACCAACCACCUUUCGGAAGAUCCGGACGCCAGGGCUAUCAUCAUGGUUCCACAGAGAGACUCUACCACAAAGAGACUGACGGCUAGAUUUCGGACCAGAAUGGUCGAGGGUGUCUCGCCGCUGAGAGUUCUCGAGGAGCACACUCUUGCCUGUCAAGACGAUUGGGAUGAGGACGAAGAGACUCCAGAAGUUCAAUGCUGGUGGGGCGUCUUUGGAAGACAAGACAAGGACUCACUGUCACUUUCUAAGUAG